CCUGAAUCAGUCACUGCCCGUAUUGCGCAAGCUACGCAAGGAUCUUCUAUCGACACAUUAAGCUACGAAUCCACAACUGUGGCUGUUGUCGAAAUGGAGGGUCAGGAUAAAAAAGGUAUGUCUGUGGCGGAGAAGAUGGAGAAAUACAGCCAGUUUGAAGGGAGCACCCCAAGGGAGAAGAUCAGAAGCGCGUACGCCCAGCUGCGAGCGCAGAGUGUUGUACCGCCGGAGCCAAGCGCUACGCCAUCGUCGGUGGGUGAAGCCGGCGACAUCGAACCAUCGCCGGUGGCCUUGCCCGAGACCGCCGCCCCACUCAGCGUGAGGAUCGACAAAGACUCGGCCUUUCAUCCUCCUCAUCACCCACCCGACGAACCCCCGGUUGUCAUCCCAUCGCCGCCCCUGGAACCCGCACACAUGGAUCCCAUCCACCACCAUGAUGUACAAACGAUUCAACCACAUGCACUGUCGGUUGACCAUACCGAGGAGUCUAUUCCCGGAUCUGUCCUGCUUGGUCCGUCGGAGUUCGCCAUCCCGCUCCCCAUGGACUCCAGGGUCAAGGAUGAUUACGACCGAGUCCUAUCAAGCGAGGGUGAUCUCAUCCAGGAAUUCAGUGACGGCACUAGCACACAGGCAGAUCAGCGUGUGCGCCUCCUGCCCAAGAUACAUGAGGUGUUAGAACGUCUAAGCAACGUCGCCACGCAUCCCGACCUAAACGUCGCCAAGCAUCUCAACGACUCGCAAGCGGACUUGCGACAAGAGGCCUCCUGGGCGGAGUAUUCGAGUGCCAAAUUCUUGCUUCUGUCCUAUCUCGUUCAGUCCACAAGUGAGCGCGAGUUACAUUUGGUCAUCAUGGUGAACGGCGAAAAGACCCAGAACGUCGUAGAGCGGUUCUUACUGGGCAAAGGCCUCGCAUAUACCCGCCCGCGCGAGGAUAUGGGUCCUGGAACGAACGUCGAGGUUUCUCUGGCUAAGGGGUCUUUGAGCUUUGGAGUUCAGUCAACACGCAAUGAUGGCAUUGUGGAAACUUACAAAGCCCCCUCUGCGAUCAUCGCUCUGGAUUCAUCGUUUAACACCAAGAUCCCCUCGGUCGAGCACAUGCGGACUACCUUCGCUCGCCAUGGGAAUCUGCUUCCCGUAAUUCGCCUGAUCGUGUCCAAUUCGAGCGAGCAUCUCGAGCUUUGUUUCUCUAACCUGCCUGAGCUGCAACGUGCGCGGUUACUGCUGCAAUAUACGACGCGUCUGAAAAAUUCAGUUGGCGACCUUCAAGACGAUGCGCUCGGGGUAUCUGAAGACGCAGAAGAGCUUGUCUCGUAUCUUUCAUCAGACAACUUCAAUUCUCACUGGUCAUUACCGCACAUCGAGCCUCUGCACAUUGUGAAUCUGGAGGAGCUUCACCCCGUCCCUGAAGAGCCAUCAAGCCGACCUGAUGUUGACCCUUCGCCAUUGGCGACACCUCUACUGCAAAAGAGAGCAUUCACGGAAGACGCCAGCGAGCAAACAUCAAAACGGCCACGAAUGGAAGAGUCGCAAGAUGCCAGCCAACUUACUGAAUCCACCAAAUUUCCCAGCCAAACGCUCGACGGCGAACUUCGCUCCCUCGAGAGCAACCUCGUCCAACUCCGCCAUUCGCAUACAAACGAGAUCCAAAGACUCCAAAACGCACUUGCCCAGACCCAGGCCCGUCUUCAAGAACGAGACCACACCCUCGAGCAACUCCAACACCGUUACGAGACGCGCACCAGAGACUUCCACAAGCUCCGCCGCGAGCACGAGAAGCUCAUUGAAGCUAAAGCCACCGUCGAACAGCGUAGCGAGAGGAGCAAAGAAGAGCUGAUCAAGAUCAAAGACGAGCGGACGCAGCUGCGACACGACCUCGAGCAAGCUCGCGCUGCCCUCAAAUCCGACGCAGGUAGCAUGGCCGCCGAGCUCGAGACCGCCCGCGAGGAGAUCCGACGCCUCACCAAGGAGAACACGGGGCUCGAGCGCAAGGCGGAUUACGAAGCCAAGCAGACCGAGUACACGCGCGAACAGUACCAGACCGCCUCCAACGUCGCCGCGCAGUCCGGCAACGAGAACCGCCAGCUGCGCGACGAGAACGAGACGCUGAAGCGCAAGGUGGCCGGCGACGCCAGCCGGCUCCGCGAACUUAACCAGAAGCAGGACGAGGCCCGCCACCUUGCCCGCGCCCUGGAGCUGGAAGCCGCCCUCGCCUCCCGCGAAGAUCUCCUCCGCAGGAAGGAGGAAGAGCUCCGCGAGAUCCGCAAGAACCGGCCCUCCACCCGGUCCACCAGCACCCAACCGCGGAGCCCCAAGUGGACGGCCAGUCGACCCACCAGCCCUGGCAUCAACAACCACGGCGGUAACGGAUCCUCUCUGGCCACGGGCCGGGGCAGUGCGCUACGGUUCAGUUCGGAGAUGACUUUUUAGUUUGUUGCUGCUGCAUGCA